AUGAGCAUCUGCGUGAUGAUGAGCAUGCCAUCCAUGACCUACUAUCCGCCAUAUGCAGCGAUGGCACCGGGAUGUGUUUACGUGAACCAAAUGCCUUUCCAAGUCCCCACCGAACCAUCCACAGCAGCAACUUCGGUGUGUGACUCCAUCCACGUCAAGGUCUCGACAAUGGACGGAGCUCAUGAGGUGCUGUCAGUGAAAGCUUCCGACACCGUGAAGGAUCUGAAGGAGUACAUCAAGGAUUGUCGCCUUGGCAACGCCAAAACCGAGGACAUGCGGCUUCAUCAUGCCGGAGUGCAGCUUCACGAAGGCAAAGCUACAAUGAGCGAAUGCGGCGUGACUGAGGGCAGCAAGAUCGAGAUGGUAGUCGUGUCGAAAUCGGCACAAAUUCCACGGAAAGCCAGAGUCUUCAUCCGGACGACAUCUGGAGAGAUGCGGCCCUACGACGUGCAUCUUUCCACAUCAGCUGCAGAGGCAACAGCGGAAGCCGCCAAGCUUUGUGGAUUCGGGGAAGGUCCGCUGCCAACACUCUCCUUUCGGGGCAGGCUCAUUACCGGCAGCAAGAGUUUGAAGGACGCAGGUGUUGAGAUGGGAAGCGUCAUGAGGUUGACCAUUCCUGAGCCGGCCGUUGAUGUCCAGUAG